UCUUACACGUUGCCAGCGUCCAGCGGGGCCCUCCUCUUCCAAAUCUGACCCUCUUUCUCUCUCUCUCACUCUGUUCUGUUUCUGCUCUCAUCCUUCGCAGUUGGCUUCAUCGCUCUUCGUUUCUUCGCCUCUCUCUCUCUCUGGUAUCUCGCUGACGAUCAUCAACAACUCUCAACUCCUAGGGCUCGGAUCGCAACGGUUGGAUCUUCUCCGACUUCGCCAAAAUGAAUGACGCAGAUGUUUCCAAGCAGAUCCAGCAGAUGGUGAGGUUCAUCCGCCAGGAAGCCGAGGAAAAGGCCAACGAGAUCUCCGUCUCCGCCGAAGAAGAAUUCAAUAUUGAAAAGCUGCAGCUGGUCGAGGCAGAGAAAAAGAAGAUCAGGCAGGAGUACGAGAAGAAGGAGAAGCAAGUUGAAAUUCGGAAGAAGAUCGAGUACUCCAUGCAGCUCAAUGCUUCACGGAUCAAAGUUCUGCAAGCUCAGGAUGAUGUAGUGAACUCUAUGAAAGAGGCAGCAUCAAAGGAACUUUUGAAUGUAAGCCAAAAUGAACAUGUCUACAAAAAUCUUUUGAAAGAUCUUAUCGUUCAGAGCUUGCUUCGACUGAAAGAGCCAGCUGUUUUAUUGCGAUGCCGGAAAGGCGACCUCCAUUUGGUGGAGGCUGUCCUGGGAUCAGCGGCAGUUGAAUAUGCACAGAAAGCUAAAGUUCAUGAACCAGAGAUUAUUAUUGACCAUGUCCAUCUUCCAUCUGGUCCAAGCCAUCACAAUCCUCAUGGUCUUUCUUGCUCUGGAGGUGUAGUAUUGGCAUCUCGAGAUGGGAAGAUUGUCUGUGAGAAUACCCUUGAUGCUAGGUUGGAUGUUGUAUUCCGUAAAAAACUUCCGGAGAUCCGGAAAAGCCUUUUCAGUCAGGUUGCUGCAUAAUGAGCUGGGUUGGACUCUAUGGUGGUGCUUCUGUGAAAUAAUUUAUGAGUCUAAAGUUGGUUUUUGGAUGCAAAUUAUAUUCCCAAAUGUCACGCAUUAAUAAGUAUUACAUUCUUUGAUUUUCUCUAUCUGAUAGUCACUAUUGUUCUUGCUUUGAUUCAUAGCUCUAUGAGGGAGGUAGGUGCCCCUAUCGACUUGAUAGUAUCUUUGAUCUCAAUAAUAUUCCAGCUUGAUAUUUCUGUUUCCAUCCUCAAGUUGGAAUGACCUUUUUGAUUAUUAAUAUAUUCUUGUGUGCACAUCA